CAGCAACCGUCUUUUACUAGAGGAAAAUUUGUGAAGUUUGCUCCAAGAGAGGGAAAUAAGGUUUGCCCAAUGGCCUCACUAGCAGUAUCCAUCAACCAGUUUGCUGUGGAGUUCAGCAAAAAGCUUGCUGAAUCUGCUGAGGGUAGAAACAUUUUCUUUUCUCCAUGGGGUAUCUCAACUUCUUUGGCUAUGGUGUACUUGGGUACCAAAGGUACUACUGCAGCCCAGAUGUCCCAGGUACUUCAUUUUGGCAGCAUCCAAGACUUCAAAUCUGGUCCUGAUAGUGAAAAGAAAAGGAAAAUGGAAUGUCACUCAGGCAAAGGUGAAGAAAUACAGUCCGAUUUCCAGACCCUCACUGCAGAAAUCCUCAAGCAUGGAAAUCCUUAUGUCCUUAAAAUAGCUAAUAGGAUAUAUGUGGAGAAAACAUACCCAUUUUAUAAUAAAUAUUUGGAGGACAUGAAAACAUACUUUGGUGCAGAACCACAGUCUGUUAACUUUGUCGAAGCUUCUGGACAGAUCAGGAAGGAGGUCAACUCCUGGGUUGGAAGCCAGACUGGGGGUAAAAUUCCAAAUCUCCUCCCAGAUGACGCAGUAGACAACAAGACUAAGAUGGUUCUGGUGAAUGCCCUUUAUUUUAAAGGAACCUGGGAGCAUCAGUUCUCAGUGCAAAACACCACCGAAAGACCUUUCAGAAUAAACAAGACAACAAGCAAACCAGUGCAAAUGAUGUCAAUGAAACAGAGUCUUCAAGUCUUCCACAUUGAGGAGCUGCAAACCAUAGGCGUUCAACUCCACUAUCAGAACCGUGAGUUCAGCCUGCUUCUACUGCUUCCAGAGGAAGUGGAUGGCCUGAAACAGCUGGAGAGAGCCAUCACUUACGAGAAACUGGAUAAGUGGACCAGUGCAGACAUGAUGGACACAUACGAAGUGCAGCUGUACCUCCCCAAGUUCAAGAUGGAGGAGAGUUAUGACCUCAAGUCAGCCCUGAGAGAUAUGGGGAUGACUGACGCUUUUAACCAGGGUAAAGCUAAUUUCUCAAACAUGACUUCAGAGAGAAACCUAUUUUUGUCCAAUGUUUUCCAUAAGACUUUUCUGGAAAUAAAUGAAGAAGGCACAGAGGCUGCAGCUGGCACGGGAAGUGAAGUCAAUUUUCGAAUUAAGGCACCUUCCAUUGAAUUAAAUGCAGAUCAUCCAUUUCUAUUUCUCACCAGGCACAACGUAACCAAUACCAUUCUUUUUUAUGGAAGAUUCUACUCCCCCUAAACUCUGCAUCUCUCAUUUAGUGAAAACUUCAUAUAGCACAAAAUAAACAACCAAAAAUCCAUAUUAGGAGAUGGAAAAAUCAGACAUCACAAAGUCAGUCCAUAGUCUAUACACAUUUUAUGCUUGCAUAUUAAUAAAUGAAUCUUCAAGAGUG